AUGUGCUGCGGGUCGUCUUCGUUCGUUGGUCGUCCCGUGAGGAAGCCGUGCAAGCUGCGGCUUGGCUUGAAGAGUUUCCAGGCUCAGAGGGGCCACUCGAAGUUCCGAAGCCAUCCUCCACGCGCCAUGGCCAUGCGGAGCGUGGCCGGGGGCCUGCGGAGCGCCCUGGGUCUGUUUCUGGCCUUGGCCGUCCAUCCGGGCGAGGCCUCCAACUCGUCGUCGAGCUGUUCGGGCUGCGACAUUGAGGACUGGAACGACGAGAAGUUCGCGCAGUGCAACUUCUGGGGUGACCCCCACAUCACCUCCAGCUACGGCGAUUUGGGCUCCUUCGACUUUCAGGGCCUCGGCCUGUGGAAGGCGUCCGUGUCCAGUGCCUGCGGAUACAAAUUCCAGGUCAACGCCUUUACGUGCCGAUAUACUCCGCAGCUCUGGAGCAACAGCAUCACGCGUUACCUGGCCAUCCAGAUCGGCGACAAGAUCAUUUACGUCAAUAACACCAAUGUAGGUGGCAGCGGUCUGGGUUUGGUGGAUGAUCCUUCUUUCAGCCUCCAAACUGCCGGCAUCAACAUUCAGAGCCCGGACAAGUGCUUCCGAAUGAACGUGAACGUAAAGCCUCUGGAUGGCGGCUCGCGCUGGUACCACAAUGUGAAGCUCCGCGUGUUCAAGCAUGCCGUUGAAAAGGAUGGCAUCUGUGGUUCAUCCGACUUGCGCGAUCAGCUCGUCUCCCACGAUGAUGCCGACGUGCUGUUCACGGAGGAGCAGCUGGCUGAGAUGUGCGGUGCCUGCACGGAGCCAAACGCGCCGGCCCCACUUGGUUGUCCUGGCUCCGACACGAGCAGUCCCGGCUGCGAGUUCAUGAGCCAGUCCACGAACCUCAACAGCUUCGAGUGCACGAAGGACAUGCUCCCGCAAGACGGGGAUGCUCCGGAUGCGGACAACCUCACCAAGUACCUCGAGCUCACCAACAACGGAGAGUAUUGUAUGGCGUAUGUCAAGACGAAAGGACGCGGUGGAAGCAACAAUUGCAAAGAGUACUGCGAGGACAUCGGCUCGAAGUGCGUGGCUGUGUGGGACCAGAUUGCCCGCACAAGCUGCAUGUUGGAUCCGGUUGACAUAUUCGAGAAGCACGGAGCCACCUGCGACCAUCGUGCAAAGCUCAGCGACAUGCUCUGCAUUUGCGACAAGCCUUCUCCGGACGACCCGUUCCCUGGCCCUCCACCGGAGCGCGUCUGCGGGGGUGCUGAGCCCUUCAACGAGGCCAAGGACCUCUGCAAAGUUUGCCUUCCGAACGCCGAGUACAGUGACAAGCCUGUGACCGAGCAAGACCAGCGGCUCCGGUCUUGCAUCCUGGACAUCUGCUCCCUCCCAGACACCGCCACGCUCGAUGACAAGAAGGCCAUCUCCGAGAACGCCUGCGAGCAAGAUCCGAUUCUUCCUCCCUCCGGCCGGAAGCUCUGCUCCUCUGGAGGGUUCUGUGAAUCCAUCUGCGGCGACAACCUCGUGUUCCCCUCCAUCGGCGUCGGUGCCUUUAAGGGUUUGGCUGACUUGGUGCCGCAGUGCCGCCUUCUGCCCCACGCUGAGGCUAGCGCUUGCCAGAGCCUCUGCAAGCCCCUCUUCGAGUCGAAGGUGGCCCCCGGGUUGCGGGGCUUCUGCGACUUCAAGGAUUCCUGCCAGGGCGAGUCCAGUUACUACUGCCCUUUACUGUGCCAGAGCCUCGAGUGCGACCAGAAUGUUCAGGAUGGAUGCUCCGGAUGCCAGGAAAGGUGUGCAGACGUUUUCGGCGAUGUUGACGACAUCCUCGAAGAGUACUGCGAAGACUGCUACUCCGUGCCCGUAGACGAUUCGGAUCUCUGCAAACGACCCGGGUUCUGUGCGGAGUACUGCAAGGGCGCCGUGAACGGCAACGAUCCCCUGGUCUUCCCAUCAGCUGACGACUGCCUUACCGUCUGCAACAGCGACGAUGGGUACGACCGCAUCAUCAGCACCGUCGAAUCCAAGUUCUGCCCAAGUGACAUUUCCGGGAAGACUGCGAAUCAGAUUUGCAAGGGAGGCCUCUGCAGGAUUCCUGGCAAGCGCAGGGCGUGCUUCGGUCCGUGUGCCAACGCGCUCUUGGACAGCACGGGUUCUGCGGUGCCAUUUGCGACAUCGGCUUCGCUGGUGCUAGAUGUCGAGACGACUGCGGACGUUGGCCUCCUGCAGUCCCGGUCGUAUGCCCUGCAACCGGACGUGGAGACGGAGAGCAGCGAGCUGUCUGCAGGCAGCAAGUCCUUCUACUGCAAGAGGCUCUGCGACGACGGCCUCAAGAUGAAAGGGAAUCGCGAGCCCGCUUGCAUCCAGGGCUGUCUGCAGAAGUUCUCUCAAGUCGUAAGCGUCCUGGAGAGCUACGAAGGGAAGUGCCCCGAUUGCAAGGCCAGCGUCGCUCCUGAUGUCCGAGGCGAUGACGACAGAAGGGACGAUGACAAAAAGCGGGACGAUGACAAGAGAAGGGAUGACGACAAGAAGAGGGACGAUGACAGGAAGAAAGAUGAUGACAAGAAGAGGGACAGCUUGUGCACACUUGGCUGCCUGUGUAAAGGCCGAGGCCGUACCAGUCAGGGUUGUACUUUCACCUCACUGCUUCAAGCUAUUGCACAGCCUGACAUGCAAAUGAAGGACGAUGACCGCAAGAAAGAUGAUGACAAGAAAAAGGACAGCUUGUGCAAGCUUGGCAGUCUGUAUGAAGGCCCUUGUCCUUCCAUUCAGCUUGAUUGUGACUCCUGCCUAGUUCUUCGUUUGCCAAGCCUGACGACUGUGUCAUGGGGGAAUGUCCGCGCAAUGCAGGACGAUGACAGGAAGAAAGAUGAUGACAAGAAGAAGGACUGCUUGUGCAAGUUUGCAAAAGCCUAG